CUCCACUUCCCCCAUCCCCUUCUCUUAAUUAAUAUGGUUUCUUACAGUGAUGUUUUAAACGAAACGCGCAAAAUGGUCUCAGAGUACAUGUCUGGAUUUGAUUCGUCUCAUGACAUGUACCAUGUUGACCGUGUUGUUGAUGUUGCACUUGCCAUUGCCAAUGAUUUGAAGACUUCGAACCCAAACCUCGAUUUAGAGCUUGUCGAGUUGGCUGCUUUAUGUCAUGAUGUAGGUGACCGUAAAUACUAUCAAGGAAAAGAGACAGGCGGACAAAUGAUCCAAACAUUUUUGCAAGCACAAAACUACCCCAAAGCACAAUUGGUUGCUCGUAUUGUAGACAACAUUGGUUUCAGUAAAGAACUCGGCUGGAACGAUGAAUGUGAUGAUCCUGAACAAGUUUCCUGGAGAAACCACUGUUUGGAAUUACAUGCGGUCCAAGAUGCUGACAAAUUAGAUGCCAUUGGCGCUUUUGGUAUCUUGAGAUGUGCUGCAUUUAGUGGGGCUAAGAAUCGUCCUUUAUAUGUACCCGAUCACAAACCUAUCGAGAACAUCACUCAGGAACAAUACUUGAGCAACAAUGCAACCAACAGCUCUGCUAUUACGCAUUUCCACGAAAAACUAUUCAAACUCAAGAGCAUGAUGAGAACACCUAAAGGAAAGGCACUUGCUGUUGAGCGCGAUCAAUUUAUGCAAUUAUUUGUCCAACAAAUUGAAAAGGAAUUCAAGAGUAUUUAAUAGCAAAUAAAUAAAUUAUAAUUA